AUGCCAGUUCACUUUCAAGAGGAUAUACUUGCAAACAUACUCUGUAGGUUACCUGUGCGGUCUCUUCUUCGAUUCAAAUGUGUUUCUAAAUUAUGGAAAACAUUGAUCGAUGAACCGCAUUUUAGGAUGAUGCAUCUCAAUCAUGCCAAGAAUGACAAAAAUUCCCAAAAUUUUCUGUUUUACCAACUGCGCCCAAUGGAAGCUAUAUUUUCCAUUUAUUGUUGUCCUUUGUCAUCGGCUACACUUGCUGAGGAUGUACGGGAACUGGAUUUCCCUUUAAUUGUUGAACCACGGUUUUGCCAAGUCUAUUGUUGUUGUGAUGGCUUGGUUAUUAUCACCGUGUAUGAUAAUUUAGCUGAAUGCCACAGACUUUUGCUAUGGAAUCCCUCCACGCGAGAAUCCAUUGUACUUCCCACUCCAAAAUUAUCAUUGAAUGGGAUUUGUUGUUUGGGAAUGAGUUUCGACUCAAAUACUGGUGAUUAUAAGAUCCUUAGGAUUCUCGAGGACCGAAACCAAGGUCGCAAAGCACGAGGUGAAAUAUUGGCGCUUAAAAGUGGUUCCUGGAGAAAAAUUGAUGAACAUCCUGAUGUCUUUCAAUAUAUUCUGCUUGGCAUGCAUUCUUUGGCAUAUAUACAAGGGGCAUUUCAUUGGGUUGGUUUUUCAAGAAAUUAUUUUGUGGUUUCAUUCAAUAUAUCUCAUGAAGUGUAUGGAGAGAUACCAUUGCCAGAGCAAAUAAGCAUGAGCUAUAUUGAUAUUGGUGUUUCAGAAUUGGAAGGAAUGCUUUGUGCUUAUUCUAAUGUGCAUCAUCAGGGGGAGAACACUUUUAAGUUAUGGAUGAUGGAAGAUUAUGGUGUCCAAGAAUCUUGGAAUGCAUUAUUCUGCAUAACAGAUCUCAAUAUUGAUAUACCUGUACCGAAAUAUGUGUUUGCAAAUGGGGAAGUGUUAUUCUGGUGCAUAUAUUAUGGACGCGCAGAGAAUUCAUAUUGGACACAGAAUGGUCCCUUUACAUUAUUGCCCCGAGGUCUACGUCAGAAUGGAUUUGUUUUUAUAGAGAGCUUGAUCUCUCCAAGAUUGCUUGCUUAG